ACAAACACAAACACACACACACACACACACACACACACACAUAUAUUGAGCUGUGCGUGGUGAUUUUUAUGGCACGCAGCCUUUCUAUCACAACAUCUGCCUUCAGCCAAAGGCCGACUCACUGUCACCAUGGCUUAAUGUGACAUCCACACUUGUUUUUCUUUCAGGCAGCCUUGGUCUAAUGGAAAAAAUGACUAACCGUCCAGAUCUUCACCUCUAACUCAUCUCCCCUACCUCCCUCCCUCCUUUUAUGAUGAGUCAGGGAUUUAAAUGGCUUUUUUUUCCUCCCUCCCAGCUCCAAAUGGAUUCAAAGCACUUGUCGUUCAUGACAUCACAGCCAAGCAGGCUGCGUGCAGCUUCCGCAGUCGAUGACACGGUCUCUGGCUGUGAUGUGGUAAAACAGCCUGUUGCAUAACAGCGCUGGUACCUUUUCAGCUGCAAACCACUUUGGAACCUACUUUUUAUGCCAGGUUGUGUCCUUGGAGCACAGCUCGGAAAUACAAACACAAGUGUUGUCAACUCAAAUUUAAAAAGGUGUAAUGAACCAACUUCUGUUUUCUAUUAAGUUGCUAUACCACAAAUUACAGGUUUUUCUUGGUAAUUAGAUACAAAGAGUAUAGGUUGUUUAUCCGGUUUGUUUUUUGCUCAAAUAGAGCAUGCUUGUGGAGGCCCUGUUUGCCUGCUUCAUUACUAAAGUGUAUUCAGCUUAAAAUUUAUCAGCAGCUGUGACAAAAUAAACAGUGUAAGCCUUAGGGCCAAUGGAGGCAGUAACUGAGCAAACUAAAAGUAAAAGAUAAUGUUUCCACAGAGCCAGCAACAGCGAGGUUUGGUUGAUUAGAUACAAUGUACCUGAAGAAGAAAGCUGGCAGGACCUGUCUUAGUGUUCACAAGCCCCCACACACACACACACACACACACACACACACACACACACACACACACACACACACACACACACACACACACACACACACACACGCUAACCUAACCUUAAACCAUGUCUUCACCCCAAAAUAUAACUAUUUAUUUUAUGGGGACUAUUUUUGUCCACAAAAGGUGGUGAAUCCACAAGAUGUGACUGUUUAAACAGACUUAUGUUCCCACAAUACACAUACUACAAGUAUACAAAUAUACAAGUACAUUUACACACACACACACACACACACACACACACAAGCUGUUCAAGGACAUCAAAACUAAAAGCCACAAGUGUUUGCUUACUAAGACCUGGGAGCGCCACAUCUGUACAUUAUUGUGUUUGUGAUUUCCUCACUCAGUGCUAAUGCUGCGCACAGCCAAAUUACACUCAUGUUGUUUGACUCUAGUUAUAAAAUACCUCAUGGUAAGGUCCUGUUUGUAAUUUUACACUAGCAUUAAGUUCAUUUUUGUUAGUGUCUGUCUUUUUCCUGAGUUUUUUUUAAGUUUACAGAUUUGGUCUGUUUCCUUAAAGCUAACGUGUCCCUGUGCUUUAAACUUGCAGCAGUAUUUACAGUAGAGUAUCUAUUUUUUUAUUUUUAUAUUAUUAAAUUUUUUUUUUGCAAUACUCUCUAUUUUGCCAGAAAUAGAGCAAGGUAAUAAUACUGAUUCUCAAACUUUCUUUUGCCAUUUUAAGAAUGCACGUAACUCUUUUUAUAGUGUUUUAUGUCUAUUUUUGUAAAGCUGUGCUCAUUUCUGCUAGCUUACUUGUUGCUGUAAGAUCAUAGUUUUGGAACAUUUGUUGUUCACUACAAAAGUCACAGAUUUUGAAAUAUGUGUAAAAAUAAUGUAGGCGUAUAUGAGAUAACCACUGCUUACGCUUUAAACAUAGACAUAACUGUGCAUUGUUACUAAGCACCAGCAGGGGGCGGUUUUCCGGUUGCAAAAUAAGUCUCAUCAAGAUCUCUAAAGGAAGACGAAUUAUUGGCCAGUAGUCUGAACAACUAUAAGACAUGCUGUGGCACAUAAUGUAACUAAUGAAUGUCAGCACGUUACCAUCAGCUGACACCCUUCUGUUUACUGUCUACCACAGUAGAAAAACUUAAUAAUCCCAACUAGCAACAGCUGUGUUGGGCCACCAGGUCAAACAGACAAAGUGGGAUUACUGCACAUAACACACCCAUGCGGAGAAGGGGUGAUUACUCAGAAAGGGUAAUUAUUCUGUUCUAUCACAUUUUGUUUGGCAUGUUUGAUUAGUUAUAGCUGUGUAGGGAUGUUCAUCGGAUUUAUCAGUCUCUCAUUACACGCGUUAUACAGAGCAAAAAGUCUUAAAGUAGUUUGUCUGGAAAACAGUAAAUAUCGUUGCAUAGUUUAAAUGAGACCUGCUUCUGUGCUUUCAGGUGUAGCCUAGAGGACUGUAUUCAAAUGAAGCAGUGGAAAGUGAUAAGCCACAAUGGAAAUUAUGUUAAUUGUUCAGAACAACUUCACUGCUUACAGUUGGACAAAAAGUUCAGAUCACAUCCUCUGCUUCACAGUGAAGUAAAAUGUUCACCUACAUUCAACAAUACAAAAAUUACAGUUCACAUCUGGCACAUGUAGUACAGCAGCACAUUUUACUGUGAUGUGUGGCACAUAUUUAAGCAACAAAUGGGCAAUUAUUUUGACAGGUGGACACUAGUCCAGAUUUUACCCCAUUUUUCUUUGCAGAACUGCUCAAACUCUGUCAGGUUAUGUAGCCUCUCCCGUAUGAGUCACUGACACUUACAACCCCUUCAGAGAGUCAUAGGUGUCUUGGUGGCCACCUUGAGUAGUCUCCUUACUGCACAGUCACUCAGUUUUUGAAGGUGGUCUGCUCUUGGCAGAUUUAUGCAUGUGCCAUCUUCCUUUCAUUACUUAAUUGUACUCUAGGGGAUAAAAAAGUGACAUGGAAAUUUUCUUGCAUCCAUCCCCUGACUUUAUGCUGGUGCUGUCACCAUAAACUGCCGCUAGAAGGUCACCGGUUCACAUCCCGGCCUGGGCCUGGGUACUUUCUGCAUGGAGUUUGCAUGUUCUUCCUGUGAGGCGUGGGUUUUCUCUGGGUUCUCUGACUUCCUCCCACAGUCCAAACACACGCUCAGGUUAGUUGAUAAUUCUAAAGUGUCUGUAGGUGUGAAUGUGAGUGUGAUUGUUUGUUUCUAUAUGUAGCCCUGCGACAGACUGGUGACCUGUCAGCUGCCUGCUACUGAGGAUUAAGUGCUGUAUAGAUAAUGGGUGGAUGGAUGAAGUGUUUUGUCUCCAUGGUGUAGUUAUUUCCAGGAGUACUUCAUCUGUAACUGGACCUCCCAGACACAGGUGUCUCUUUAUUACCAUAAUUACAGACACAUUUAUUGCACUCAGGUGAUCUCCAUUUUGGUAAUUGUGUGACUUCUAACACAAACUCAUUUUGUUUUUUGUAUGUUCUAAUGAAUUGACUUUACUUUGAAGAAACCUGUUUUCACUUUGACAUUAAAGAGUCUUUUUUCUGCAAAUUGAUGUCAAAAAGCCAAAUUAAAUAGCCUGUUCCAAAGUUGAAAAGCAAUUAAAGAGGGAAACGUCCCCACUGGGAUGAAUGCUUUUUGUUGGCAUAGGCACUAAACUUUUUUUUCUCGGACAUAGUGACUUUUUGCACAAAAAUAAACAAACAAAAACGUCUGUCAACAUGCUGCAGCAGGUAUUGGGUCGGCGUGGUUGUUGCAGUGCAGUGUGACUGUGCAGCAGCAGCAGCAGCAGCAGCGGCAGCAGCAGCAGUCUGAGGGCAGAGCUGCAAGCAGAGGUCUGACUCUCUGAUUGGCUGAGCAGCGCUACGUGGACAUCAGUCCGCCGCAGGUAGUUCACAUGUGACGCUUAUCUGCGUGUGUCCGCUGCACGGCGACGCUGCUGCUCUGCUCUGUCCGCUGAUGUUUAAUUGACUUUAUGGCGCUUAUAAUGAGCGGCUGCACGGUGUCGCUUUUUCCGUAAGCAGCCAGAAGAAGGAGCAAAUCUAAGUUUAACUUCCAAGGAUUAUUGGAGCUGUGAGAUCUAAACUGUCAGAAAGGGAGAAAGAGUUGAGGGGAGGCAGCAGGAUGAAGUCCAAAGGGAAGGCUGUGAAACCAUCCAGGAGGGCCUGGUCAGACCCGGAUCCAGAACUAGAACCGGACACAGAAGCAGAACCGGGCUCCAGUGAGCAGGAGGGCUCGGAGGCCUCGGUCCGCAUCGGUGGCUCCUGGAGGGGCUCGCUGAGGAGCGGCGGUGGGAAUCGACAGGGAGGAGGAGGAGGAGGCCGGAGGCGCAGACAAUAUGGCUCCAGCACCAAAGAACGCAGCAUCCGGAGGCUGGAGAGCAACGAGCGGGAACGCCAGCGCAUGCACAAACUCAACAACGCCUUCCAAGCGUUGCGCGAAGCCAUCCCACACGUGAAGACUGACAAGAAGCUGUCCAAGAUCGAGACGCUGACGCUGGCUAAGAAUUACAUCAAAGCUUUGACCACCAUCAUCCUGGACGUGUCGGGGGCCUGCCUGCCUGCCGGCGGGGUCCCUUCAGAGGCCAGCGCCGCCAAGCUGCUCCAGUGCUACCAGCAGCACCUGGAGGAGGAGGGGGAGGAAGGCCUCACCCAGUACCUCACCCACAUGCAGAGCUUAGGCCAGCACAGCUAGCAGUAGGAUUCUGAGGUGGUUUGGAGACCAGGAGAGCCACCAGUAGGACAGUCUCCAAGGUAGAUAGGUGUAAGGAUGGACCUAAUCACAAACAAUAUCUGUUCCCUACACUCGCAUGGCUUUGGGAUCUAUUCAGCGAUGUAGGAACUGGAUGCUGUUCCAGAUCAGACAUGAUAAACUUAUGCCUGAAUAGAGCAAGACAUGCACUAGCUAGAACUUGCUCUCGAGGACCAUUCACAAAGACUGCAGACUGGACAGUGAAGCGGUUAUAAAAAGUGAAAAGACUCUGUUAUUGUACUCAGAAAAAGAAGGGCUCAUCUUUUGCCACUCUCUUUUUAUUUCUGGUGGUUUAAGCCGGGGAAGGGACGUGUUCUCUUUUGUGUUAUCUUGUGAUCUUCUCGUCUGUUUUCUGUUGAGAAACCUGCUGAGCGUAGCCUCUAGUCAUAACUGUCACAGGAAAAAAAAAGACAAGACAAGCAGCAGGCCUGAAUAUUGAAAUGACACUGCAAGAGAGAGGGUGUUUGCUCAUGAUGAUCAUCUACAACCAAUGCGAGAACACAGUUUACUCUCCUCCCAUAGCCCAAAGGCACAGGUGGUUAUUUGCUUUUUUGUGUGUGUGUGUGUGUGUGUGUGUCUCAAGGCAGAACAUUUUUAAUGAAAAACAUCAGAAGUUGUUAUCAAUAAACAUUUAUUUAUUGA